AUAUUGAAAAUAAACUUAUAGAAAUAUCAGGAAAGUUGGAUGCCAUGAAGGAGGAUAAGAAAGGUACUAUAUCAAUCUCGAGAGUUACUCAAAAGCAAUUCAGAGAAUUGUUUGAUGAUCUUGGACUUGUUAGAAGAACAAUUACUUUCUCUGUGAUUCCGACUUCAAAACAUGUUGAACCUUUCAAGUGGGAUGAUAGUAAAGAAGAUGCACAGUCAACAUCAUACAUGGAAUGGCUCAAUAGAAACAUAAUCCUUUCUCCAAAUGUCCAAUUUUACAAAACCUCAUCCAUUAUGAACCUUCUCUCAACUACCAAUGCAAGCUUACGUUAUAAUAUUAAUGGGACAUUAGAUACAGCUAUCAUUGAUGAAAAAAAUAUUAAAUCUGGAAAUAUUGCUGGGGGAUUGCGGGUUGGUUUAGAACAUAAAAAAGUGGUUUGUGAUAAUGAUGCUCUUCAGGCCAUGCUAGAACUUAUAUCAGCUAGUAUUUAUUCAGAAUAUCCACCAGUAAUAGUACUUACAGACUUAGGUCAAAUCUGGAAAUUUUUCUGGUUUGAAAUUGGCACAAUUAUAGAUUGCACAUUUGAUCUCAAGGAGGCAAUCACCAUAAUUGAGUCAAUUGCAUCAGAAGCUGAUGCUGCUACUUCUGCCAAUACUUUUAUGCAGGAUUCUCCUUACAAAACAAGAUAUAACUUUCGGGAUGCUAUUUUUCAUACAAGAAAGGAUGAUGAAGCACUAUCAAGGGAUAAGGAGGUUGAGGGACUGAAUCGGAUAUUGAAAAGACCAAAGAUUGAUCCUUUUGAUCUACUUCCUGAGAAUGACAUUGCACCCAUGCAAGAUGUAUUUGAUGUAAUGGAGGAAGAUGAGAUACACAACUGGAAAUUAAAGAAAGUUUUAGAUUUUGUAUCACACACCCCUGCCUUUCAAUCUAGUCUAUUGGGCGAAAAUUGGAG